GUCUCCUCGGGGUACCUCCACCUCCGGAGUUACGGGUCAAAGUCAGGAUGUGAUUGUGAGCAAGCGCCGGCUAGGUCAGUUGUACGCUACUGACAGUGUUGAUGCGCAUAGUAUAUCCCAGGAAAAGUCGCAGCCAGCAGUAUCAUCACCUUCCUUCAUCAUGAAGACACUGUCCAUCGCAUUAUGCAUUUUGUUUGUUAUGAAGGACUGCCAUUCAACGUCCACCGAUGAUCUCGGACAACAUGUAGUCGUACGCCAAUCCCUCGCACCAGACAAUCAAGUGGUCAUCGCCUUUGAUUCUUUGCUGUCUAAAGAGACCAUCUCAUCCCUUAGAAGCUUUGUCUUGAACCAUGUGCGAUGGGAGGUCAGAGGUCACGAAUCUGAGCACUGUCCUUCAGACAUUCAGAGAGGAGAGGGGGCGACAGACUGCCAGGAUUCCGCAGCGUCCAACAUUCCAUGGAUAGGGAAAAUGGAUCCCUUGUGGUUCUCACAAACACACACCUGGAAGAGGCUGGUCAAAGCGGUCAGCUACGCUACCAACGGAAGCGGCCCCGCCCUGUACCCGUAUCACAUUCGGUCUGAAGUGCUUCAGAGAGGGGACAACAUUGCCCCUCAAGCCGUUACAUCAUCACCGUACUCCAGAGAGUAUGCCUUCCGAAUCUUCCUGGUUCCUGAGUGGCGGAUGGACGAUUACGGAGAUAUGUCCUUCUACGUCCCAUCACUACAGAACAGAACAAAAGGAUCAAAGUAUGACAUUGCCCUCACAGUGAGACCCCACCCCGGCCGUGUGGUACUCUGGGAUGCGUCUAUACCAACCCUCUAUCGUCCCCCGUCCAUGGGGUACUUGGAUAAGCUGCCCAGUGUAUCUGUACUGCUCACAUCCUCCAAAGAGAAAUUUGAGGCUGCUACCAAAGAUUGGAAGGAUUGGUAUGAUCAGAAGACACUACUGGUACAGCAGUCCUUUCCACAGCUAACGGACCCUAUCGGACAGCUCGAUCUAGAAAACCAUCUUACCAGACAAUUUACUGACAGUAAUGACAGGAAGGUGAAUAUCUACGAUGAUGUCUUUGAGGAAGGUCAUCUAGAGGCACUUCGGUCGUACCUGGUGUCCUAUCCAGCCUCCACUAAUCAUGGCUAUGACCUAGAGCCAUAUGAGCUGUCUGACAACAUAGUAUGGAUUAAGACCUUUGAUGCCUUUGAGUUUCCGAAGAGUAGUGCUUGGGAGGUCUUCUCUCAGGUAGCUACUCAUGCCACGGGAGGGCAGAGGACCUGGUAUCCUUACGAUGUCGCUCUUAACGUUGUCCGCUCUGGAGAUCAUGCAAGAGUUCAUGAAGACUGUGAAACAUGGGAGGAUGAAUAUACAAUGGUGCUGUACAUAAAUCCAGAUCUCGGACCAGGGGACUAUGGCGAAACCAUCUUCUAUAACACCAAACCCCAUGACGCCUUCUCCAGAAAGCUUUAUGAGGGCAUCAGCAGGCACGAUCAUGAUGCCUUUGCCGCUGUAAAUCCAAAAUAUGGACGCCUGGUCAUUUUUAAUGGACUCAUUCCACACUCGGCAAAACCCCCUAGUACAGGGUACACCAAGCCAAGGUAUUCAUUCGCAGUUAAGGUGGCGAUAGACAGAAAGACAGCCAUCAUGAAGAAGCUGCGUGAGGUUAUAGAAGACCACAGCACACCCGACGAAGACUUGCUUGAAGAGAUUCAGGAGGCGACCUUUAACAGAGCGGAGCUUGGCAGGUCUGAAGAAUGGCUGGAGAGGAAGUACAGGGGCUUGCAGCAUCUGGUCAAAGAAGACAAGGCGAGGACCCUACAGAGAAUACGUGAAGCAUUGUAGGCUAACCUGUUCAAAGUUUACAGUUUUCCAAAUGUCUAAUGAAUAAGCAUUCAGUAGUAAUCUUUUACUCUUACAUUCUUUAAACCAUCGCGUACUGGAACCGGCUGGUCUCUGUACAGGGGCUUGCAGGAUCAGGUCAAAGAAGAAAGAGGGAGGACCCUACAGAGAUUACGUGAAGCAUUGUAGACUCAUCUGCUCCGCAAACUUUACAGUUUUCCAAAUGUCUAAACGAAUAAGCAUUCAGCAUUAAUCUUUUACUCUUACGUUCUUUAAAGGCAUCGUUAAACAAUAGGGACUUUUAGA